AUGCCAGUUGAAAGUGGACUGAGCCAGGAGGAGAAAAUCUUGUACGAGGAUGUGGAGGCAGAGGGGGACCCAGAGGCAGAGGAUGACUCGGAUGUCAGAGAUACAUGCAGCCAGGAGCACUUUUCGACCCCGGAGGAGGCUAGCCAGUCACAGCUGUCGGAUGUUGGCGAAGCGCAAACAGGAGAGGAGGUCUUGGGAGACAGGAGUCCUCACUUACAGUCAGCCCCCCAACCUGAAGCAAAUACUCACCAGCAACCGCACAACAAAAACACUAACCCAGGAACCUAUCCUUGCAACAAAACUCAUUGCCAAUUCUGUCCACAUAUCGAUUCAAGGGACACCAUCAUAGGACCUAAUCACAUCAGCCACACCAUCAGGGGCUCAUUCACCUGCAUAUCUACCAAUGUGAUAUACGCCAUCAUGUGCCAGCAAUGCCCUUCUGCCAUGUACAUUGGCCAAACCGGACAGUCUCUACGCAAAAGAAUAAAUGGACACAAAUCAGAUGUCAAGAAUUAUAACAUUCAAAAACCAGUCGGAAAACACUUCAGCCUCCCUGAUCACUCAAUUACAGACCUAAAAGUCGCAAUACUCCAACAAAAAAACUUCAAAAACAGACUCCAACGAAAAACUGCAGAAUUGGAAUUAAUUUGCAAACUGGACACCAUUAAAUUAUGCUUGAAUAAAGACUGGGAGUGGAUGGGUCAUUACACAAAGUAAAAACUGUUUCCCCAUGCUAAUUUUUCCCCUGCUGUUACUCACACCUUCUUGUCAACUGUUGGAAAUGGGCCAUCCUGAUUAUCACUACAAAAGUUUUUUUUCUCUCCUGCUGAUAAUAGCCCACCUUA